AUGGCUCCGAAAUCCACCGGGCAGGGCCGCAGCCCUAGCCCUAGCCGUGGGAAGCGACAGGGCGAUAGCCCAAGUCGAAAGAGCGACAGCAGCAAGAAAAGCUCUGGCUCCAGCUACGUGAGUAGCGAGUCCGUAAAGUCCAAGGAUUCCCGCAAGGGUCCUCCGACUCACGCUCCGAUCGUCCACCCUGAGCCUGCGCCUCCUGGGCAUGUGCGUAUCAAGGGCGCCCUUGUGCGCGACCAAGGCGAAAAAUGGACUCCUCCUCCUCGCGAGAAGGCCUCCAAGGAUGAAACCAUAAUCCCGAAAUUCACUUUGCCUCCUCGCCAACCCUUGAAUAAGUCAGGGAAAGAGGUCGAGGUUGUCAUGAACGCAUACCCCAUCAUCAAGUUCCCGACCAAGCCUAUCUUCCAGUACGAGGUCAACGCCAUGCUCGGCAAAUGGAAAGAGAGUGCGGGCUCUGAUGAUCCACCUGAGAAGGGUCAGUAUAUGGAGCAAGACUCAGAGAUUCUCCGAAAGGUGUUUUACCGCUCGAAGGUCCGCAAGGAAAGUCUUCCCGAUGCCAUCUACGAUGGGAAGCACAUUGCUUGGUCCCUCACUGCCCUCGACCGCCAACUGCGAGACAAGUUUGUCUAUCCAAGUGGAUGGCGUCGCCCUGUCGGCAGUCGCGCCGAUGUUCAUGGCGAAGAGAUUUGUCUCAUCAUGAGCGUUCGCCGCAAGAUUUUCCUCGGCACCAUCAACGAGUGGCUAGAAAGGAAGCGUCCGCUUGAUGAAACUGUGAUGGAAGCUUUGAACUUUCUUGAUCAUUUGAUCCGGGAUUACCCAGCACAGGAAUUCACGGCUCUGAAGCGAUCAUAUUUCUUUGAGAAGCUUGACACUCACCCCGACCCAGAAAUGCGAAGAAUUGCCGACAAAUCGCACUGGCCACUUCUCCAAAGUGGCGCGACAUGCUAUCGAGGCGCCUUUCAAACAAUCAAACCUUCACCUAAAGGCCUUUAUCUCAAUGUGGACAUCGCGCAUGCUGUUUUCUAUUCUCGAACUUCCCUUAUCAAUAUCAUUCGAGGAAUCCUCGGCUCGGGGGACGACCAGGCCCAGAUUCCGAAGCUUCUCGAGCCAAUCUUGGAUGAGAAUGGAAGCAGAAUGGAGACCCAAUCUUUUUCCAAAGUCAGCAAGCGACUUCAUGGUCUUCGAGUGUGUCCUGAUUUCGACGGAUACCCACUCGCAAAUCGAAGCUACACCAUCGACCAUCUGAUCAACGGCGGCGCCAAAGAAUACAUGAUCAAGAUCGACGACCAGGCUACUGGGAAAUCCGAGCGAACCAGCAUCUAUGACUACUUCCACAAGAAGUACAACUUCCAGAUGAAGUACGGAAAGACUGCACUAGUUCAGAUGACUCGCGCUGGUGUUAUCUUCCCCCUUGAGAUCUUGUUCAUUCGACACCUUCAGCGAUGGCCCCAUAAGCUUGAUGAGCGUAUGACUGCCGACAUGAUCAAGUGGACUGCCGUGAAGCCCACGGGACGCUUGGAAGCCAUCCUCAAUUGCCACAAGAUCCUCGACCAUGCAAAUGACCCCAACUUGGUCAACUACGGUAUGAAAAUCGGACCGAGUAUGAUCAAGACUAAGGCUCGCUUGCUUCCAAACCCUGAGAUUCAAUUCGGAAAUGUCAAGCACAAUCCAGGCACUACCGGACGCUGGGAUCUUCGUGGCAAGAAGUUCUUCAAAUCGAAUACCAAGCCCCUCGAAUGUUGGGGGAUCGGAUUCAUUGCUGGCUACCGUACCUCGGUCAAGUUUGAUCAGGUUCAAGCCUUCCAUGAUCAUUUCGAGAAGCUCUUCAAACAGCACGGCGGGGUGUACAAAAAUCGAGCUCUUUCCAUCGAACUUCGGGACGACAUCGGGGUCGCGCUGAAGACGCUGUAUGAAAAGACCCGCGAGGCGUGGGGAGUUAUUCCGCAGCUCCUGGUUAUCAUCGUGCCAGACAAGAACAGCUUCAGUUAUUUGCGCAUCAAGAAGUCAUGCGACUGCCGUUGGGGUGUACCCUCACAGGUUCUUCAGUCGCGUCACUGCAUGGAUAAUAAGCCUCAGUACAUCUCAAAUGUCCUGAUGAAGGUGAAUGCUAAGCUCGGCGGUGUUACCAGCAGGGCCAUUCCCAAGACCCCUGCCUCGACACUGCGGCCCCAGUCCGUGAUAAUCGGAGCUGAUGUGACGCACCCGAUGCUUGGUGUUUGGACCCCCUCUCUUGCUGCCAUGUGCAUUUCCAACGACCCACAAGGCAUCAGUUACAUGGGAGGCUGUCAAACAAAUGGCGAUCUGAAGGAAAUCAUCACCCCUGAAAACGUUCGCGAAAUUCUGCUCCCACUAAUGCUUGAGUGGAAUGCCACCCUUGGAAAAGGAGGAAAGCCGCCCAAGCACAUCUACUAUUUCCGGGAUGGUGUUUCUGAGUCCGAGUUUCAGGAGGUCCUUCAAAAGGAGGUGUUGGCCAUCAAGAAAGUUGCCGCCGAAUGCCUCAAGCUGAAUUCCUGGCCUGGAAAGAUGACAGUCAUUGUCGCAAACAAACGUCAUCAUCUGCGAGCUUUCCCAAAGCCGACUGACAAGAGCUGCUCCGACCGAAAUGGUAACCCUCUGCCAGGCCUUCUCGUCAACCGCGAUGUCACGAGUCCACAUGGAUGGGAUUUCUUGCUGUACUCCCACGCUGCUCUCCAAGGCACAUCCCGCCCUGUUCACUACACUGUGCUUCUGGAUGAGAUUGGUCACAAGCCGGAAGAGCUGGAGAACAUGAUCUAUGAACACUGCUACCAAUACGUGCGAUCUACCACUCCGGUCUCCGUUCAUCCCUCAGUUUACUAUGCCCAUCUGAUCUCCGUUCGUGCACGCCACCACGAAGAUAUUCCGGCAAGUUCUGGUCCGCAGCAUGGUACUAAAGUUCCAAUGCGCCGGGAGCUUGAACACCCUCGACAAAAGGAGAAGGAUGAUUUCCGUGAGAAGCAGAAGGAGCACACGCAAGAGAUGUUGAAAGGGAACCCUGGACACCGUUUCGGCGAAAGUGUUCCCAGGCCCAUCCCGAGCUCUCAGGACCCAGCAAAGGGUGCCAAGGAGAAGGAAGAAAAGCCUGCACCCAAGCUCGCUGGAUCACGUCUUCUUCCCAUCAUCGGCACCAACAACCGACUUUCAUACAAGAUGUGGUGGAUCUGA